UUUAAAUGUAUUUUGCAACAGUAAAGAUAUAAAUUACAUAUUGUAAAAUACUUUUCUUUGAUUUAUGUUAAGUAAUUCUGAACUAUGAUCCCAGUAAUUAAUCUUUAAUCAAACACAAUAAACAGUAUUCUGUUAAAGUACUUAAUACAGAUAUAUGUUUUUAAAUAAAAUUUCUAUUUCACAAGAUUUUAAACAAUUUGUUAAGAUUUGCAAAGAAAAUUCUGUUAAUAUAUAAUGUUACAUGUUAAUUGCAACUUUCAUCGUAUGUCAACUGCAUCUCAAGUUUUAACGAAAUCCAAAGUAUUUCGUUCUAACCUUCAACUGUUUGUACGAUAUAAAUCAGAUAAUGCUAUUGUUACUAUUGGUAACGUUUCAAAGGAAGUGAAAUCACCAAAAAACCCUGAAUAUGUGCCUAGGAAAUAUUUACUUAAAGCUCAGGAGGAAGAUGCAUCUACGUUAAAACAUUUAAAAUGGAUGCUCCAAAAGGAUAUUCUAUCUCAAGAUAUAUUUUUAAUUGGAGGACCAGGCACAAGGCGUAGAAAAUUAGCUCUUGCUUUUCUUGAACUCACAGAACGUGAAUUAGAAUUCAUUGCACUUUCAAGGGAUACAACUGAAGCAGAUUUAAAACAAAGAAGAGAAAUUAGAAGUGGUACUGCCUAUUAUCAUGACCAAAGUGCUGUGAGGGCAGCAACAAAUGGAAGAGUUCUCAUUAUUGAAGGUGUUGAGAAGGCUGAAAGAAAUGUGCUGCCUGUUUUGAAUAACUUAUUAGAAAAUCGUGAAAUGCAUUUAGAAGAUGGAAGGUUUCUUAUUCCUGCAGCACGCUAUGAUAAAUUACUUGAGACACACAGCCAGAAAGAAUUAGAUACUUGGAGACUUGUUAGAGUUAGUGAAGAUUUUAGAGUAAUUGCAUUGGGUUUGCCAUCACCAAGAUAUCCUGGACAUCCACUUGAUCCUCCUUUUAGAUCUAGGUUUCAGGCUAGGCAUAUUUCACCUCCAAGUUUUGAAGAACAAUUGAACACUUUAACGAGCCUUGUUAGACACACGGACACCGCGAAAUUAAGACAACUAUUAUCAUGCGCGCACGCUUUCGUUACACAAGAAGCUAUAUCCUUAGGUCUUCCAGAUUUUCCCCUGGAUACUCUUUCGUCGGCUGCUAUUAUCAUGGAUCAGUGUCCAUAUCUGCCGGUGUUCGAUAUAUUUUACAGAUGUUACCCCUAUAAAUUGUUUCUGGGGAAGGAGGGUCGAAGUGCCGUCGAAAAUAUACUCGAAACUUUUCACGUUCUGAAUGGAGCACAAGUUUCGAAAGAAAUAAGUGUAAAAAAUAAAAUUGAAGAUAAAAAUUCAAUUAACGUCGGUGUUAAGUAUGCUAAUGAAGAAACAGUGUUGACUGUGAGUAACAAUAAUAAAAAAAAAAAGAAACAUAAAACUGAAACGACAAUCGUAUUUAUAUUUGAUCGACAGGUUUCUUGCGGUACUAAACGGACAAACGAAAGUACCAAUAAAAUUAAAUACGUAGAGACGAAUUAUCAGAAUAAUUUAUUGGUAAGCAUGUUGGAAUCGCAUAUCGUAUCUGAUCUUUGUCUAAUUGGUCCAAAGGGUUGUGGCAAAUCAAUAACUGUCCAAACAUUAGCCAAUUUAAUGGGAUAUCAAGUGGAACCAGUAGUAUUGUAUCAGGAUAUGACUUCCAGGGAUUUGAUACAACAACGAACCACAUUAUCGAAUGGUGAUACUGUUUGGAAAAAUUCACCAUUGGUCGAUGCAGCAUUGCAAGGGAAACUGGCUGUACUGGACGGAAUUAAUAGAAUAGAUCCUAGUACUCUGGCUAUAUUGCAUAGAUUGGUUCACGACCGAGAAUUACAGUUGCACGAUGGAAAGAGAUUGAUCAGUGCAGAUCGUUACGACGAGAUAAAAGAGAAGUACAACAGGUCAGAUGAGAACUUGCAAGAUUCUGGAGUAUUACGUAUUCAUCCAUCCUUCAGGAUUAUGGCUUUAGCAGAAUCGCCCGUGAUUAAUACCUCUUCGAGGCAAUGGUUGAACUCUGAACUACUUAGUUUGUUCCUUUUCCAUCAGAUGAGACCGCUUACCAAAUCGGAGGAGCUUCAUAUCAUUCGAUCGAAGUACGGAGAACCAUCAACAGCGUUACAGAACAUCUUAGAAUUGGCACACGUGUUACGAUCCUCUAACGAUCCGACUCUGCAGUCUCUAUCUGGCUUCCUCAGUACAAGACAACUUCUGAGGAUAGCAGGAAGAAUGCACAAAUUCCAAACUGACGAUGCUUAUAGCGCGGUGCAACGAGCUUGUUUGGCUCGUUUCUUGCCGGCGGUUGCGAAACAAGCGCUCGAAGAUUCUUGUGCUCACGUGGGUGUCGUUUCAACAAAAACAGUACCCAACACGAAUAUCAAGUGCACAAUCACGGGAGACACGGUGAAAAUUGGUAACACGGUCGUUGAAAGAUACAAGACGGCAGCUUUAACUAAAGUACCUGAUGUAUUGUUCUAUGACGUGCCUCAGCACGUGGCACUUUUAGAGAAUUUAUUGCAAGACUUUAGCUUAGGACAACAUCUGUUGCUAGUCGGUAAUCAGGGUGUAGGGAAGAAUAAAAUUGUCGACAGGCUGUUGCAAUUGUUGAACAAACCACGAGAGUAUAUUCAGCUACACAGGGACACGACUGUUCAAACUUUGACCCUCCAACCAAUGGUUAGAGAUGGAAAAGUGAUGUAUGAAGAUUCGCCACUUGUACAGGCUGUUAAAUUGGGACAUGUCCUUGUUAUUGAUGAAGCAGACAAAGCUCCAACUCAUGUUACUUGCAUUUUAAAAACGUUAGUCGAAUCUGGGGAAAUGAUACUAUCAGAUGGAAGGCGCAUAGUAUCUUCGAGUUCUGAUACACAGGACCCAAAUACAAUAGCACUUCAUCCUGAUUUCAGAAUGAUAGUACUAGCUAACAGACCUGGCUUUCCAUUUUUGGGACAUGAUUUUUUUGGAGCACUGGGUGAUCUGUUCAGCACCCAUGCUGUCGAUAAUCCAACUGUUGAAAAUGAAAUACAACUUUUGAAACAGUAUGGUCCAAACGUAGAUAGAGGAAUAAUAUUGAAAUUAGUAAAAGCUUUUGGAGAGCUUCGAAACAUGGCUGAUCAAGGUUUAGUUUCGUAUCCCUAUUCAACUCGAGAAGUUGUUAAUAUAGUGAAACAUUUAGAGAAAUUUCCUCAGGAAUCGUUAGCUAAUGUGGUGCGAAACGUAUUUGAUUUUGAUCGGUAUAGCGAAGAAACUUUUAACACCUUAGUGUCUGUUUUGCACAAACAUGGAAUCCCUAUUGGAACCAGUCCUACUAAUAUUGCCUUAGCAAAAGAAAUAUCUUUACCGUCGAACAAGAUUUGCGCUACCUGGAAUGUUUCGAAUCAACAACAGCUGUUACAUGUUCAGGAAAAAUAUAUUAAGUUUAAAUCGUCGAUCAAAUUGAGACAAAACACUUUGCCCUUAGAUCUCGUCGAAGCUCGAUCGGCAUUAUUCACCGAAUUACAAAGUUAUUGGACUGUACCGCUUGGUAACUCUGGUGUGGUUGCGGCUUUGACGAUAGUUAAAGGUACGAGAGACGAUGGCAAAGAUGAUAAAAUUAAUAUUCUUGCGGAGAAUCCUUUAAAGAUCUUCACUAUGAGCCUGGAAUCAGAUACGAUUCAGGAAACUUUGUUGCCGAGCUUAAUAAGCUAUGAAAGACACAACAGACCUUUCUACACAAUGGCAAGCGAUAAUAAUCAAAACGUUUUAAUACAUGAAGAGAUUAGUAAUACUUUACUAUUGGUGAAUACCAUUAACAGAACUGUUCAAAAAAUAGAAUUAUUGUCCUUCCUCGACAUGGCUUCAGAUAAAUUAUCAAACGCUUUUCGAACUAACAAUCUUCGAUGGAAAAUGAAAACAGAUUUAAUUCAAUCUCAUAAUCAAAUCGUCUUCUACACACCUAAUUCUAAGAGGAUAGAAGUAAUCGAUUUACAUUCCAUGUGUUCUUACUCGAUUAAUCUACCGUUUGACAUAGAAUCGAUUGUACUUCCAUCUGAAAAGAAGUGGUUGAUUCAAGACACGCGAAGGAACAAAUAUAUUCUAAAAAGAUCAGCAGAUUCGUCUCCCUGUCCGAAUGUUCUACAGGAAUUAGAAGAGAUUAGCAAGGAUAACGUGAAAGUUGGUGCAUUCUUGAGUUGCAGCAAUACUAAUUUGAGCAGUGAUGUGCUUAGCGCAGCGUUGGAACAGAAGAUAGAUUCUCCUAACAGAUUAUUAACGAAUGAUAAUACAUAUGCAACUAUUGCUGUCGGAUUUCCUGAUUUGGAUAGCUUUAACGAACUUCACUUUUGGCCUAGACCACACCGAAGCAGAAGUUUCACAUCUCCUAUUAUUAUGGAAAAUGGACAGAUUAUUCGAGCAGUUAUACCUGAGGAAGUUCCUGAUGAUGUUCUCCCUAAGACUGGGAAACAUUUGGGAAUCGCUGGUUAUUUAGAAAUUGUUGAUACUGUAAAUCAUAAGAUGCGUUAUUUACCUAUACCAGAACCAGUAAAUGUAUCAUACGCGACUCAAUUGUUAUAUCCAAACAAUUACCCCUUGUACAUUUCAUCUAAAUCAAAUCAGGAUCUUGUAACCGUGGAUGCAGGUGGAUGUGUGCGCCUUUGGGAGGCAUCUUUAGCGAGUAUCGAGAAAUCACUUGGAGCUUGGAGAAGAAUGAUAGGGGAUGAUAAUGAGAACCUACAAAUUACAAAAGAAAGAUAUUCGGGAUUGGACGUUAGCAGCCCUAAGCAUGGUAAAAUCGACCAGCAAAAUGCACCCCAUGUUGGAGGCAAUACUUGGGCUGGAGGAACUGGAGGAAGAGACACGGCAGGUCUCGGUGGAAAAGGUGGACCUUAUCGUUUAGAUGCAGGCCAUACAGUGCAUCAACUUAGCGACGAAGAAAAGAAUGCUGUACCGGAACACAUAAAAAAAGCAGCGAUGGAAAUGGGUCGUAAAGCGUUCCAGCAACGCUUAAGAGACAUUAAUAUGAGCGAAUAUGAUCACAAUCUCUACUCUCAGUUCAGUAAUGCUGUUCAAAAGCAGGUUAAAGCGUUAAGGACUAUAAUAGACAGUCUACAGGCGAAAAGUAAAGAGCGUCAGUGGUGCAGGCACCAAACUUCUGGUGAAUUGGAUGACACGAAAUUAAUCGAAGGAUUAACGGGAGAAAGAACGAUUUACCGAAGGAGGGCUGAAAAGGAACCAGAUCCUGGUGCUCCAUUAACGAAACCGAAACGAUUGAAGUUAGUGGUGGACGUAUCAGGUAGUAUGUAUAGGUUUAACGGAUACGAUGGACGCCUCGAUCGAGAAAUGGAAGCCAGUGUUAUGGUAAUGGAAGCGUUUAGCGGAUACGAAGGGAAAUUUCAGUAUGAUAUCGUUGGUCAUUCCGGCGAUGACUAUGAUAUCGUUUUCGUUAAGCACACUCAACCACCGGCGGAUAAUAAGCGUAGAUUGGAAGUGAUAAAGACGAUGCACGCGCACUCGCAGUUUUGCAUGUCCGGUGACAAUACUUUGCAGGCAACCCAGCAAGCAAUCGCGAGCCUUGCAAAAGAAGAUUCUGACGAGUCUAUUGUUGUUGUAUUUUCGGAUGCUAAUUUUGAUCGUUACGGUAUUCGACCUGAGAGUUUUGCAAACAUUCUCACGUCGAAUCCAAACGUAAAUGCCUUUGCUAUAUUCAUUGGAUCGCUGGGAAAUCAGGCCGUUAGUUUAACGAAGAGAAUGCCUUCGGGACGAGCAUUCGUUUGCAUGGACCUCAAGGAUAUACCUCGAAUAUUGCAACAAAUAUUUGCUGCUUCUUUGUUAAGUACUACGCGAUCCAGUUGAUCCGUAGAUUAUCAGCCAUUUUAUAUGUACAAUUUUAUAAGUAUUUGUAAUAAGCAAGCGAAGAAUGUAUUAUAAUACAUACUUAGUGGGAAUUUAAUGUAUACUAUCACAUUAUUUAAUUGUUAUAAAUAUCGUUAUUGUAGAGUUAAAAUUCUUA